AUGUUCACUUCAGAACCACUCACCCGCGAUGUAACACUUUCCUGUCCAAAAAUAACCACAAACAGUCUUACCCUACCAUCGAAAGCACAAACAGAGAUUGACGAUGAACUCGCGGCACUUAAAGAGAUGAUGCGAUCUCUUCGAACCCGCCGAAACGGUCUCUCCCCAAUAUCCUCCAUACCUCCAGAGAUCCUUGGCGUCAUCUUCGUCCAUCAUGUUCAGCAGACCCAGUUGGUUUAUGCUCCUGAUGCCCCUGCUGUUCUUUCAUGGCUCAAAAUCGGACAUGUUUGUCGCCAUUGGCGUGAAGUUGCUCUUGGGACACCGGAAUUAUGGGCUACUCCGUUUCUUAAUUCCUUACAAGCCACGGAAGAAAUGCUCUCGAGGUCCAAAAUGGCUUCCUUGAAACUGAAAACCGGUCGGCGAUUUCGUAUGGACUGCGUCCAAAAGACAUUGAUGCAUAUAGAGCGUUUGCAAGAGGUCUCUCUCCCAUUUUUCAGCAAUAUCAUCGAUUGCUGUAUACCGAAAUUCCUCGACAAAUUAUCAUAUUGUUCCACUCCCAAACUACAAUCGCUUUGUUUGGAAGCAGGGAUUAAAGAAACACCACGGAUAGCAAUCCCGAUUUCUUUCCCCGCACCCAACCUUCGCAGCCUUCAAAUCAAGAACUGUGAUGUAUCAUGGACAUCUUCUAUCCUUACAGGACUCACUGUCCUUGGUAUCAAAAAAUUGUCACCGGAAUGCCUUCCGACUCUGGACGAAUUGAUCUCUGCGCUCCGUCGUAUGCCUGCUCUGCACAUUCUCGAGUUAGAAGAUGCUCUCCCGACUCUUCCCCCUCAAACUAUAUCGCUCCCUCGCGCACCUCGCUUCAUGAAUGUUCGACUUUCUCACUUAAAACAGUUACAUUUGGCGGCGAAGAUGUUGGAGGUGGCCAACGUGCUAGCUCGCAUUGAAUUACAGGAAUCGACAACGGAAAUUCGACUUGUAUGCGAGGGCUUUUCAGGAAAUCCAAAUCGUCAAUGGAAUUUGAGCCGUCCCAUCAUAUCUCGCGCCUUGAAAAGUUGCUUCAAAGCCAGUCCAGAUAAGUCUCGACAAGUCCCACGUUCCAUCCAACUAUAUAGCACUACUACUAGUCGCAUUCGUUUGCACUCUAGUACGGUCCGGAACCCUUCGUCGUGGGCGGGGUCAAAGUUUGGGAUGGAUCCGGAUUCGUUGGCGGAGCACUCUGUUACUCUCGAAUUUGACUUCCCGGAUGAAAUGAGGAGAACAAUCCUUUGUGACAUACAAAAGGUUGUUCCUCUUGGGAAUAUCGAGGCUAUGUACUUCCACUUUUUCUUCCCUUGUUGGGAUGGUUUCUGGACUGAUGUUCUUGGCCACGGCGCUACUCGUAAUCUUGCAUACAUGCACAUGCACGGACCACGCCAAGCUCUUGAACAACUCCUUAAAUCCCUCCGUUCACGGAAGCACAGUGUAUCGCGACACGUAAACAGGCGUUCACAACAAAGACCCAUUUUUGCCCCAGCACUCUCCCAUCUCGUCCUUUACGGCCUAGAGUUUAGCUCCUCCAUCCGGAACGGGAUUCGGCCCUCUGAUCUUCUUGACGUGCUCAUUGAUCGCGUCAACGAAGGUCAGGGGUUGGACCACCUUGAGUUUAUUUCAACCACGGGUAUACUCACCCGCGACGUGCAGUUGUUGCGAGAGGUGGUGGCCGAUGUGAGCUGGGAUGAAUACGAAAGUUCCAUAGAAGAAGAUUUUGACCUGGACGAUGACUCAUAUGCAUAUGACAGUAAUUAUUUUGAUCCCAUUCAUAAUUAUUACGGUUUCGACAGUGACUACGGAUAUUCCUCCUAA